AUGGAGAAAUGUUCAAGUAAAGAAUGCAGUUUAGCAAAGUUGACUACUGCUUUAGAAUGUAAUAAGUAUCUAAAUGAAUGUACUUUAAACGAUGAAGGAAAUGGAUGUAUAUUAUUACCUUUGACUUGUAGAGGGAAUAGUAAAAAAGAUAAUUGUUAUUUAAAAAUAGAUGGAGAAUGUGGAUGGGAUAGUUAAAGAAAUGUUUGUAUAGAUAGAUAAUGUUUUACAGCAGAUUCAAGUUAUGAUACAAAUGAAUUAUGUGAUUCAUAUUUAAAAGGAUGUGUAGUAAGCAAUACUAUAGGUUGUAUGGAAUUACCAAAAUUAUGUGAGGAUAGAAAAAAAGAAUUAAAUUGUCAUUUUGAAGAUGAUGAUUGUGUAUGGGGAUUAAAUGAAUGCUAACCAAGAUCAUGUUAUACAGCUUAAUUUGAAUUAGAUUCUAUAAAUAUGACUGAAUGCAAUUCAUAUAUUGAAUGUUCAGAAGAUAUUACUUAAUGUUGUAUUUUAAAUAAUAAUAAUACUAAUUGUUAAGAAAAGAGUACAUGUGAUGUAUUGAAUAAAUCAAAUUGUGUAUCUAAUGCAGCAAUAGAAGGUACAUGUUUUUGGAAUGGAGUUGAAUGUAUCAAUCCAGAUAAUAUAGAAUGUACUGAUUAUAUUGGAUAAAAUCAUUAAUAAUGUUAAGAUCUGAAAGAUACAUGUACUGUAAAUAUAAAUCAAAAUGGUUGCAUAGAUCUAAUGGAAUGUGAGGAUUAUGUUAAUUCAUUAUAGUGUGUAUUAAAUUUGAGAAAAUAAAAAUGUUUAUGGAAUGCUUCAACCAAUUCUUGUUUAUCUUAUAGUUGUUCUGAUGCUCCAGAUUCACUUUUAUAUUAAACUGAUGAAUAAUGUAGGAUAUUCUAAAGUGAUUGUACUGUUUAUCAUGAUAUUGGAGGAUGUGUAGAUUAAUAUAGUACUUGUGAAGAAUAUCUAAAGAAGGAGAGUUGUUAUAAAACUAUUACUUCUACUAAGAUUAAUUGUUUUUGGUAUAAUGAUUCAUGCAGAACUGUCAAAUCAUGUGCUGAUAUAACUUUUCUAUAAACAUAUACUACAAGUUCUUGUGAAUCUUUUCUAUUUGAAUGUAAGGUUAAUACAACAAAUAAUGGAUGUAUUCCUAAAAUUUGUACUGACUAUAAUUACACUACUCUUGAAUAAUGUUUAAGUCUUGAUUCAUGUUCUAUUAAUACAACUCAGACUUCAUGUAUUCCCAUUUCAGAUUUUUGUUAUUAAUACUUUGAAACUGAAAAUAAUUGUUAUUAUUCUAAAAAUGAAGGAUUUUGUAUUAAAUAUAAAAAUUUGUAAUAACAAUUUUAAUGUAGAAAACAAUAUGAGGAUUGCACAUCAAUGUCAGGAACUGAUAUUACAUGUCCUUCAUUUAGAGAAGCAUGUAUAAAAAAUCCAAACAGUGAUAAUUGCAUGAAAAAGGAAUGUUUUACUAAAACAUAACCUAAAGCAACUUUAGCUGAUUGUUAAAAUUUUGAUCUUGGUUGUACUUCAUAAAUUGAUUUAGAAUAAUGCACAGAUAUAAAAGGAUCCUGCUAAGAAUACUAAGAUAUUAAUUAUUGUCAUUAUUCUAGAUCAAGUUAUUGUAUAAUAUAGGAUAAUAAUGGAUAAUUUAUUUGUAGGGAUUUAUUUGAAAUUGAGUCUUGCAGUUAAAUAAAAUUUUAAUAUGAUUCAACUUGUGAGAUUUUAAAUAAAGAAUGCACGAAUAAUCCAGAUAAAACAAGUUCACAACAAUGCAUUGAUAAGACAUGUAGUAAUGCUAUUAAGUCUGAAUAUAAUCAUUAAAUUUGUCAGAAAUGGAAGUCAAGUUGCACAUCCAAUUAUGAUGGAACAGGAUGUAUAGAAAUUAAAGAUAAAUGUUCAGAUUACACUACUUAAAAUAGUUGUUCAUAAUCUAAAUCAGGUAAAUGUGAAUUUAAAAAUAAUAUAUGUGUUCCUAGGAAAUGUGAAUAUGCACCUUCAACAUUUUUGAAUAAUUAAGUAUGUGAAUCUUAUUUAAAUACUUGUACAGUUGAUAAACUAGGAGGUUGUGAGAAAAGAAAAAAUACUUGUAAUCUUUAUGAACUUUAAAAAUAAUGUUAUUUUGAUAUCAAUAAUAAUAGAUGUUGGUGGAAUCCUACAGAUAAGAAAUGUGUAGAACUCAAAUGUUCAAAUAUUGAAAAAACAUCAUUGUACUCUACUAAUGAAUAAUGCAAAUCUAUUUAAUACAUUAAUUGUAUAUUAGAUAAUACUGGUAUAGGUUGUUAAGAUAAUCAAUAAUAAUGUGAAUCAUUUACAUCAUAAUAAUCAUGUAUUAUUGAUAUUAAAGGAUAAUAAUGUUAAUGGAAUGUUGAUAAAUGUUAUACUAAAACAUGCACUACUGCUCCAACUUCUCUAACAACUUUAUAAUAAUGUUUAACCUAUUAUACAAAGAUUAAAUGCACAACUAAAAGUGGUGGUGGUUGUACAUUUUAAUUAGAUCUUUGUGAAAAUUAUACUGAUUAAGGAUCGUGCAUUAUUACCAAAAAGGGGAUGGCAUGUGGAUAUGAUUAAAGAGAUAAGAAAUGCAAAGUCAAAAGUUGUUUAACAGCACCUUUAUCAUAUAAAACACAUAGUUAAUGUAAUAAUUAUCUGAACACAUGUACAGUAUUAACUACUGGAACUGGAUGUUAAAUAAUUCCAGAAACUUGUGAAGAAAUGACAAUGAUACAAUGUGAAGUUAGUGAAUGUAUUUAUGAUAAUGAUCAAAAUAAAUGUAUUACUAAAACAUGUUAGAAUAUACCUGAUAGUAUUAGUGAUUGUACAUAAUAUUUAGAUUCAUGUUAUAAUGAUACUAUUAAAUGUAAAACAGCAAUAUGUGAAUAUUAUUAUUAUUCAACUGAUGAAGAAUGCAGAAAUAUUAUGUCUCAUUGUACCAGUGAUGGAACUUAAUGUAUCCCCAGAAGAAAAUGUAAUCAAGCAUUCAAUGAAGCUAGUUGUGUCUCUUAAUCAGAUGGUCAAUUAUGUUAAUGGACAGCAAAUAAAUAAUGCUAAGUAAGAUCAUGUAAUGUAGCUCCCAAAACCUUAACAACUCAUUCCUAAUGUUAAUAAUAUCUUAAUAAAUGUACAACUCAAUAAAAUGGAGGAUGUAUUAAUUUGAAGUAAUGCAUUAAAUAUAGUAUCUAAGAAUAAUGUCAAUUUGAUUCAUCAUUAAUAUCAUGUGUUUGGGAUACAACUAUAAAUUAGUGUAGAAAUCAAGAAUGUUUGGAUUAUAAUGGUUCAAAUCAUAAUUCUUGUUAAGCUAUUUCGAAAGAAUGUACAGCUGACUAUAUAAGAAGGGGUUUUUGCAUGGAUCUUAUGAAUUGUUCUGAAUAUACUUAGAAAUUGCAUUGUAUAAUUGGAAUUGAUGGAAGUUGCUUAUGGAUAAAUAAUUAAUGUUAUUAAUAUUCAUAAUGUGAAGAUAUCAAAUUCUAAACUCAUGAAGAAUGUUAAAAAGUCUCAAAAGAAUGUACAACUGAUGGAGUAUAAUGUGUUCCAAUUACAUUCUGUAAAGAUACCAAUACUAAUGGAGGAUGUUAUGUAGGUAUAGAUGGAGAAUGUAUUUAGAUUGUUGAAAAUGGUAUAAAUAUUUGUACUUAAUUUGAAUCUUGUAAAUAGAUAGCAUUCCCUUCUCAUUCUUAAUGUUAAACAGCUAAAAAUAAAUGUACUACUGAUGGUGAGAAAUGUAUUUCCCUUAAUGAUUGUAAUAAAUACACAUUUGAGAUAUCUUGUGUCAUUAAUAGUGGUGGUAGAAUAAUAUAAGAUGAAAGAGUAAUUUCAACCGGAUAAUGUGUUUGGGAUGUCUCAGCAAAUCAAUGCAGAAAUCAAGUUUGUAAUGAUUUAACUGGUACAACCAAUGAAGAAUGCGAAUCAUAACUCUAUUCAUGUACUAGUAAUGGUGAAAAAUGUAUUUCCGAACUUAAUUGUUCCAGUUUAACAGAUUAAGCCUAAUGCAAGAUUGCUAAAAGUGAUGAAGGAUAAUGUUUUUGGAUCAAUAAUAAAUGUGAAGUUAUUGGAUGUGCUAGUAUUACUAAUUCCAAUUCUGUUGAACAAUGCAAAUAAUCAAAUAGUAAAUGCACUUAUGAUGGAAAAUUAUGCGUUGCUAUAUCAUAAUGUAAGGAUUAUAAAACACAAACUUCAUGUAAUUCUAAAGGAAUUGAUGGGUUUUGUUCUUGGACUUCUACUGCUUCAUCUAAUAUAACCACAACAACAUAACGUAAUAAAUGUGAACUAAUGAAAUCAUGUGAACAAUCUGAUUAGGAUUAAAACUCCUGUUUGUAAGUUAAAGAUUUGUGUUACUUUAAGAUGGCUACUAAUACAUCUUCUAGUAAAUGUUUAGAACAUACAUGUUAAACUUAUUAUGAAUAAAAUAAAAUAUGUUCAUUCUUUUAUAAUUGGGAUAAGACAGUAAUAACAUUUUGUAAAAUUUAAAAUAAAACAUGUGAUCAAAUAGAUAAUCCAACAAACUUAGAUGAAAAAGAAUGUUAUUUGCUGUCAGGUUAUACUUAUACAUUUAAUAAUAAAGCUGCAAAAUGCUAAUCUUGCCAACCACCUUAAUAAAAUAUCACUAACACCACUUCCAGUAAAAUUCUAAUUAUCUUUUUGAUUGUGCAAAUAAUUUUAUUUAUUUGA